GGAGACAAAUCCUUCUCACAUUGUAGAGGUUAUUUUUCAUUGGGUUAUAGAAGGGUCAACCGCGGGCCAGCCCUUUUAUCAAAACCUAAUUUCUCUUUGUCGUCGUUCUUCUUCUACACGAGCGAUUUUUUCUUCUUCUUCUUCUCUUAAUUCUUCUCCUUCACAGAGGUUGUUCGACUCGUUCUUCUUCUCUUCUGAUUUCUUCUUGCUUCAACUAGUUCUUCUUCUUCUUUACAAAGAGCUUGAUAUACCAGCUUUGCAAGGGUGUUGCUUUCUGCCACUGUCAUCGAAUCUUGCACAGGGAUCGCAGCCAAGUUUAAGAUUACAUUAGGGGUGGCUCUGAGAGGGAUAACUUGCAAUAAGUAUAUUGGAUUUCAGGGUUUUAAUCGUUUAAGAGUUGCUACUUAGUUUGUUCUGGUCAUGGCAGGGAGUUGCCGAGUUGGUAUCUCAGAUUUGCAGAGAGAUUGGGCAGCCUGCAGUGACAGUGUGGGAAUGGAGGAAAUAGAAUCUUCAAUUCCAGAGACAACAGAAUGUGAUGUUUCAAUUCCACGGGGUGGACCCAUUUACGUUUCCAAUAUGGUUGGCCCCGACACUGGGGUUCCUGAUUUUCUCGCUUCUCUUCUUUCUGAAGUUGAGAAUCUAGAGGCUGAAUUAUGUGAAGAUCCUUCUCAACAUGAUAUCUCGGUUGAUGACCUUAAAGUAUUUACAGACGACGAGUUAAUGGAUAUGGCUUUGAAAGAAGCAUUUCAGGGUAGCGAGAACAACGAAAAUCAGCUACCACUUUUGGACCAAUCCAAUGCAGGGUGUCAUGAGAAGAACUUAAAGAGAAAGAGAAGAGGAACAAAUAAUUCUGCACUUGAAAGUGUUUGUAUAGAAAAGGUGGAGCGUGUUGUGAGACUCAAUCAGAAUCAGGAAGAAGACAAGGCUGCAGUCAGACUUCAUUCAUUUAAUCCUGUUUGCAGGAUCAGUGAAUCUGCCCUCAAAUCAACAAAAACUGAAAGGAUGAGGACCCUUAGGUCUACAAGUUCUACCAGAAAGGUCAACACAGUAGGCCUUCAGGAACAGAUCAUACCUGUGCUGUAUCCAGAAGUUGUUCUAUCUGUGGAGGUUUACCAUAAUGUUCGGAAGGCUGUCAAGACCCAAGAGUUUUUAGUUCUUGGAGGGCAGACCUUAACUGCUUUGAGGGACAAGAUCUAUUGCUCAAUGGACCAGGCGAUGGAAAAAGCUGGGCAGCAUAAUCCUUCUGGUUAUUUUCUCAUUGAAGAUGUAUUCUACACUGAUUUGAGGGAUCCAUCUGCUAUUGAUUUGACCAGUCCUAUACUGGAUUGGCUUCGAAACUCCAAGGAGGAGGCACAAAAGAAAUGGGAAUAUAUUGUAACUGGGGAACUACAGCAGAAACAAAAAGCAAUCAUUGGUGAAGCACCUGAUGAAUCACGCUUGCCUCGAUUCACAUCUAUUCAGAUGCACAAGAUACGUUUUUGUGACUUAAAAUUUCGACUUGGUGCUGGAUACCUAUAUUGUCAUCAGGGUGACUGCAACCAUACAUUAGUAAUACGAGAUAUGAGGUUAAUUCAUCCCGAGGAUGUGCAGAAUCAAAUUGUUUAUCCAAUAAUCACUUUUCAACUGAAAUUGCGGUUUCAGAAAUGUAGUGUUUGCAAAAUAUUUAGAGCUACGAAGGUCACGGUGGAUGACAAAUGGACACCAGAAAACCCUUGUUAUUUUUGUGACGAAUGCUUUUCCCUACUUCACCUAACAGAGGAUGGCUCUCCAUUGUAUCAGUACUUAGAAUAUGAUUAUAACCAUGAUUAAUUGCUAGCCUUGGAAGAACACCUACAUGCGGUUAAACCAAAGGUCACUCUUUACAAGACUUCCUAUCUUGCAUUGAAAUAUGUAUCUCUGGAAAGGGCAAGAGAAAAAUUGUGUCAGAUGCCUACUUUACACCUUCGAGAUGCAUAUUCACAGCAUUAUGACGGCAUAGAUCACAGACCUAUCGCAAAAGAAAUAAAUAAAAGAGUAGCUUUACACGAGACGAAGAAAUUAUCAAGAUACUUGUUCAGUUUCUGCCUCUAAA